ACUAUGUUCCUCUCCUUGUGAAAUCUAAUUAACUUUAACUUAGAUUAUUAGAGAUCAUUAUCUUAAAUUCUUCAUCAUAAUAAUGGGUAUCUUUACACACGAAUUUGCUACUCCAUCUUCUGUGGCUCCUGCUAGGCUUUACAAAGCUAUGGCAUUAGAUUUUCAUAAUCUCUUCCCAAAGAUUGUAGAUUCUAUUCAGUGUGUUGAAACAAUUGAAGGAAAUGGUGCUGCUGGAACAAUAAAGAAGAUCACCUUGGUUGAAGGUCAAGUUGAAGAAGUUGAUGAGGCCAAAAGGGUAUACAACUACAGCAUAAUUGGGGGUGUAGGGUUACCAGAAACAUGGGAGAAGAUCUCAUUUGAGACCAUAGUAAUGGAAGGUCCAAAAGAGGAAGGAGGAUCCAUUAGGAAGGUGAACAUAAAGUAUUUCACUAAAGGAGAUGCUGAGGUGUGUGAUGAAGUGCUCAAGAGUAACCAAAGCAGGGCUGAAGGCCUUCUCAAGUUCAUUGAGGCUUAUCUUCUUGCAAAUCCUCAUUAUGUAUAACCAAAUCUAUAUAUACACUUGCUAUUCAUCACCUUCAUGCCCAACAAUAAGAGCUGCCAUAUAAUGGGGAAAACUUAAUUUCAUAUUGGAUACACGUGUGUAUGAAACUUUAUUAUACUUAGAUUGGAUCUAAGUUAAUAUGUAUCAAUGAUUAAGCUAAUUAUAUA